GAGGAGGAAGUGGCCUGGAUCCGCGAUUCCCGGCUUCCUCCCUCACCUGGGCGGGUUCCCUGGAACCUGCGGAUGGCCCCAAGAUGGUCAGGUGGUUUCACCGGGACCUGAGCGGGCUGGACGCCGAGACGCUGCUCAAAGGCCGGGGCGUCCACGGGAGCUUCCUGGCCCGUCCGAGCCGCAAGAACCAGGGCGACUUCUCCCUGUCCGUCAGGGUGGGUGACCAGGUGACCCACAUCCGGAUCCAGAACUCGGGCGAUUUCUACGACCUUUAUGGGGGGGAGAAAUUUGCGACGCUGACGGAGCUGGUGGAGUUCUACACGCAGCAGCAGGGCGUCCUCCAGGACCGCGACGGGACCAUCAUCCAUCUCAAAUACCCGCUCAACUGCUCCGACCCCACCAGCGAGAGAUGGUACCACGGGCACAUGUCGGGGGCCCAGGCGGAGGCCCUGCUGCAGGCCAAGGGGGAGUCGUGGACGUUCCUAGUGCGGGAGAGCCUCAGCCAGCCCGGAGACUUCGUGCUGUCCGUGCUCAGCGACCAGCCCAAGGCCGGCCCGGGCUCCCCCCUCAAGGUCACCCACAUCAAGGUCAUGUGCGAGGGCGGCCGCUACACCGUGGGCGGUUCGGAGACCUUCGACAGCCUGACCGACCUGGUGGAGCACUUCAAGAGGACUCCCAUCGAGGAGGCCUCGGGCGCCUUCGUCUACCUGCGCCAGCCGUACUACGCCACGCGGGUGAACGCGGCCGACAUCGAGAACCGCGUCCUGGAGCUGAACAAGAAACACGAGGCCCAGGAGACGGCCAAAGCCGGCUUCUGGGAGGAGUUUGAGAGCCUACAGAAGCAGGAGGUGAAGAACUUGUACGAGAGACAGGAAGGCCAGAGACCUGAGAACAAGGGGAAGAACCGCUACAAAAACAUCCUCCCGUUCGACCACACACGAGUCGUCCUGCAAGGCCGAGACAGCAGCAUUCCUGGGGCCGACUACAUCAACGCUAAUUACGUCAAGAACCAGCUGGUCAGCGUGGACGAGAACGCCAAGACCUACAUUGCCAGCCAGGGCUGCUUGGACGCCACCGUCAAUGACUUCUGGCAGAUGGUCUGGCAGGAGAACUCGCGGGUCAUCGUCAUGACGACGCGGGAGGUGGAGAAAGGGCGGAACAAGUGCGUCCCGUACUGGCCCGAGGUGGGCUCCUGCAAGCCCUACGGCCUCUACUCGGUGCAGAACUGCGCGGAGCACGAUGCCCCCGAGUACAAACUCCGCAGCCUGCAGGUCUCCCCGCUGGACAACGGGGAUCUUGUGCGGGAGAUCUGGCACUACCAGUACCUGAGCUGGCCGGAUCACGGGGUGCCCAGCGAGCCCGGAGGGGUGCUCAGCUUCCUCGACCAGAUCAACCAGCGGCAGGAGAGCCUGCCCCACCCGGGACCCAUCGUGGUCCACUGCAGCGCGGGCAUCGGCCGCACCGGCACCAUCAUCGUCAUCGACAUGAUCAUGGAAUCCAUCUCCACCAAGGGGCUGGACUGCGACAUCGACAUCCAGAAGACCAUCCAGAUGGUCCGUGCCCAGAGGUCGGGGAUGGUGCAGACGGAGGCGCAGUACAAAUUCAUCUACAUGGCCAUCGCCCAGUUCAUCGAGACCACCAAGCAGAAGCUGGACAUCCUGCAGGCCCAGAAAGGCCGAACAGAGUCCGAGUACGGGAACAUCGGUUACCCCCCGGCCAUGAAGAACGCCCACGCCAAGGCCUGCCGCACUUCGUCCCGGCCGAAGGAGGACGUGUACGAGAAUCUGCAGGGGAAGGCCAAGAAGGAGGUGAAGAAGCAGCGCUCGGCGGACAAGGAGAAGAGCAAGGGCUCCUUGCGGAAGAAGUGACCGGGCCAGGAGCCACUGGACAGCCCACCCGCCCCCCGGGAUCAAGACUGCUGCUGUGCUGGCCCUGGAGAGGGGCUCCGGCCCCCGGCCCCGGCCCUCCUUUCCUCCCC